UAGGGUCGUGCUACAUGACUAUAUUGAUUGACACAAGGGUUGACACAUCACACACACAUGGGAGCUCGAUAAUAUUUUAUUUGCGUGGAUCCACACCUCGACUGUGAGAGGUGUGUCAACCUUUGUGUCAAACAAUGUGGUUGAGUAACUUUUUCUAAAAUAUAAUCUAUGGCCGGUCCUCAACCCCACACGUAAAGAAACAAAACCCCACAAAUGUGGCACAUUUAUAUAUAUAUAUAUCAUUUUUCUCAAGUUCUUUUCCUCACAAAUUAUAAGAGCAUAAUAAUCUAGGAUUACUUAGAGAAUUCAGAAAAUGGUACCUCUUCUGAUACUGAUUUUGAGUUGUUUAAUUGAGGUUUCACAAAGCCUCCAAGUUGGCUUCUAUGCCAAUACCUGCCCCAAUGCAGAGUCCAUCGUCCGCCGCGUCGUCAGUGAAGCCGCCGCCUCCGAACCAAGGAUUCCACCCAUCUUGCUUAGACUCCACUUCCAUGACUGCUUUGUUCACGGGUGUGAUGGGUCAAUACUGAUAGACACUGGCCUCGUAACUGAAGAGAACCAUGCAUCUGGGCAUGACGGAGUGGGAGGGGCCGAUGUUAUAGCAAGGGCAAAGGCUGAAUUGGAAGCGGCGUGUCCAGGAAUUGUUUCUUGUGCAGACAUAGUUGCCUUGGCCGCUAGAGACGCAGUGGUUUUGACAAAUGGGCCGAUGUACGAGGUUCCGACCGGCAGAAGAGAUGGACUGGUUUCAAAUAUAUCUUUGGCAGCUGAUAUGCCAGAUGUUACAGACUCCAUUGACACACUCAAAGCCAAGUUUUUACAGAAAGGACUCUCGGAGAAGGAACUUGUGAUUCUCAGCUCUGCACAUACAAUUGGGACAACAGCAUGCUUCUUCAUGACCAAACGGCUUUAUGAAUUCUUCGAGGGUAGUGGUUCCGACCCCUCGAUAAAUCCCGAGUUCCUACCGGAGUUAAAAGCGGCAUGUCCUCAAGGCGGCAAUAGUAAUUCUCGAUUACCUAUGGACCGGGGAAGCGGCCAAACCUUUGACAAUCAAAUUCUACAGAAUAUUAGAAGUGGAUUUGCUGUGCUACAAACUGAUGCCAGGCUUUACGAAGAUGCUGCAACAAAAACAGUUGUGGACUCGUAUUUCGGGCUCUUUGGUCCCUUUGCUGGACCAUCAUUUGAGGCAGAUUUUGCAAAAGCAAUGGUGAAAAUGGGCAAGAUUGGUGUAUUGAAAGGCUCGAAUGGAGAAAUCAGGCGUGUAUGUUCAGCAUUUAAUUGAUAAAUUAUGACAAUGGUCUGGUCUCGUGGCAUGUUCGAUAGGUCGACACUUUGACAUUAUUAGACAAGAUUUUAGAAAAAAAAGUAAAAAAUCUGCGAU